UUACUUUUCUAAAAAAAGAAAAAAGACCUAGCUGUAAACAACAGUAGAAAGUAGUAUUUCCCUGCUCUGCAAGGUCCAGGUGCACUGUAUGCUCAUUAAUGCACAUCCCUCUUCAGAGCUCUCUGGCAUAUUGGCUUUGAUAACUUAUCCCAUUGAAAAAGCACAAAUAACACUGCAAAAUACAAAUAUAACUUCCAAAUAGAAAAGAAGACAUGAAAGUAAACAAGCUUUAUUAGAGGGAAGGCAGUGGCCAAGUGAAGCAGCUGGAAUCGCACUGAAGUGACUGUGAACUCUGCAGAUCAUUUCAUUCUUCCCUCUGCUACAGAGCUCAGAUCCCUGAUUUACAGUGCAUUUGGUUUCAAAGAACUAAGCAAGAAAGCCACUCUGCAACAUGACAUUUGAAGAUUUUGAGAACUACUCUUACUUCUACGAUCUGUCUGAGGAAGAUGAGUCACCCCAGUCCUCCCUCAGCAUUGCCCAUAUUAUUUCCCUUUUCUUUUACAGUGUGGCAUUUCUGCUGGGAGUGCCAGGUAAUGCCAUUGUCAUCUGGUUUAUGGGCUUUAAAUGGGAUAAAUCUGUUUCCACACUCUGGUUCCUGAAUCUGGCCAUUGCAGAUUUCAUUUUUGUUCUCUUCCUGCCCCUCUAUAUUACAUAUGUGGCAAUGGGCUUCCACUGGCCUUUUGGGAAGUGGCUCUGCAAAAUGAACUCAUUCAUUGCACUGCUUAAUAUGUUUGCCAGUGUUUUCUUCCUGACAUUCAUCAGCCUCGACCGCUACAUCCGCCUUGUCCACCCCGUCUUUUCCUACAAGUACAGGACUGUGAAGAACACCCUCCUUCUCAGUGGGGUCAUUUGGAUGUCAGCUGCAAUUAUUGGUGGCCCUGCCUUGUACUUUAGAGACACAGCUACAGUUCUCAACAAUGUCACCAUUUGCUACAACAACUUCCAUGUGCAUGACAGAGAACUUAUUUUGCUGACACAUCACAUCCUCAUUUGGGUGAGGCUUGCAUUUGGUUACCUCUUUCCUUUAGUGACCAUGGUCAUUUGCUACUCAUUGCUGAUUGUCAAAGUGAAGAGGAGAACUGUACUGACUUCUAGCAGGCUUUUCUGGACCAUCACUGCUGUAGUUGUAGCUUUUUUUGUCUGCUGGACACCGUAUCAUAUAUUCAGCAUUGUGGAGCUGUCUGCUCACCACGAUGAAAACCUGCACGACUUACUGCAGGAUGGCAUUCCCCUCUCCACCGGCCUUGGUUUCAUCAACAGCUGCCUCAACCCAAUCCUGUACGUUCUGAUCAGCAAGAAGUUCCAGGCGCAGGUGAGGAGCACGGUGUCGGAGGUGCUGAAGCUGGCCCUGUGGGAGGUGAGCCGCUCGGGCACCGUCAGCGAGCAGCUCUGGAGCUCGGACAACGCGCCCGCGCGCUGCUGUGAGACCGCCCAGUGACUGCUCGUGCCAGCAGCUCUCCCCAGAGGAGCUGACAGGAGACUGGGAGGUGUUCUUGGCUUCACAUCUGCCAGUCAGGUGUGCAUCUUUGCAUUGACAGUUUUCUGUAAACAGCUGGCUUCAUUGCACUCGCUGCUUUAAUGGAAAGG